UAAGGAUAUUUGACACUGCUUGGCCUUCAUUAAACGCGCCCAUGGUACUACUGGCUAUCAUUUAGUGUACAAAAGCACAUGUGCAGUUAGUAAAUAUAUGCCCUACCCCCGCACUGUUCUAGUUCCUGGCUUGCUGUAACCAGAUAUCAAUCAUGCGCCGUCUCUAAUCGCUGUAGGGGAGAGAUAACAAUCUGUGGAUGGGAGAGCCAGGGCCGACAGCAGGCAGGCAGGGUGAGCAUGCAUUCAAAUAUAUUAAUGGGGAUUAUAGGAAAUAGAGGCCUAUAAUUAAAGCAGCCCUGCUCAUAACGAAAAGAGCUGAGUUGCUUUAUGCAAAAAUAAGGCGGAGCAAAGGCAUCCUUGGCUCGCUCUGCAGUGACUGGAAUCCCGCAGUGUUAAGUAUCCGGAAUCAGAAAGCUGCGCUCCUGUGACAGAGGAGGGAGGUUGCUGCAGUCAUGGCUUCCCAGGUACUGCAGAUACUCCGGCAAGGUGUUUGGGCGGCACUUACUGGAGGAUGGUACCACGAUCCAGAAUCAAGUCAGUUCAAUAACACCUGCCAUCUAUAUUUGUGGAUUGUUCUCCUUGUAUUACCUCUUGGGAUGUAUUUGAGAACUUUAAAGAAUUGGUGACCCACACUUAUUGAACUGCUUCUGGAAAAUAUGAGAAGGGAUUACCUCCAACUGUAUUCACAUUAUGCCUCUAUUGUGGUUUUACAACAGUGUUCUUUGCAGCCAUAAAAUGUGUAAUAUAUCGAUUACAUCUGAUGUUUGAUGAAGGAAUUGAGACAAAUCAUAAAAAAAAGAAAAAAACUACAAGAUCAAAAGAAAAAGAGAUCAGCAGCACCAACAUUACAAUUAAUCACACCUUAUUAAGCAACAAUGCAGAAAAUGGUGGAGGUGGCAUCCGACACAACAUUGCUUUAUCUAACCACAGCAGUGCAAAAUGGCAGGAAACCAGUUGCUGUAGUUCUUCUGGUUCUGUGGGGCACCCAUGUCAGGAUAGUCUCCAGGACCUCAAAGUUAAAGCAGAUAAAACUAUUAGAAACAGACAGGAUGGAAUUGUUGACCAAGAAUUAUGUAUACAUCCUGCAACUCAGGAAUUGUCCCACAAUGCUCAUUCAAGAUAUAAUAUCGUGGGAUCUGGUAUGCCAUCAGAGGCACAGUUGGUUAUUAAUGAAAAUACAAGCCAAGCAAAUUCCAGUGGAGAAGAGCAUUUUAAAGGAAUUAAUGAAAAACAUUUGAAUGUAAAAUUUUCAAAAAAUUAUUUGAAAGCAGAAAAUGAAAAUGAUAAAUAUAGGGAGAACUCUGUUAAAGUACAUGUGAUGGAAGAAGUGGUUGAAACCGAUGUGUGUGGCAAAUUUCCACGACCUAUGCCAAAUGUGGAGGAGCCGAUAAAAAUAUUAAUAACAAUGAAUAAUGAUUUGGAUAUGAUGAGUGGCUUAAAGAGGUCCCUCAGUUUAAAUGAUUUAAGGAAAGAUAAUAUUUUAAGAUUGGAUUCUGGAGUGAAACAAGGAAAUAAACAGUUCACUGGAAAAGACAAUUCAAAAAUCAAAUCUGAAUUACCCAUAAAGAGUACAUGCAUGGAUAACUAUGCUGUCUACCAUAUGCACAAAUCAUCUGACUGUUUAAACAGAAACACAUCUUGUAGUCCAUGUUCCGGCUAUGAAUCAAGCAACCUGGACUGUUCAAAUAUAGCUAAUUCAAGUAAGGGUGUGCCAAAGUUUGUAUCCAGAGAUUUUGACUUUAACAUUAUAAUUGAGAGUAAAGUGACUGUGUGCACAGACCUUAAAAUGAAUCCCCAUGAUUGUGUAUCUAAAACAGCUACUGAAAAGCAACAUACGGGAGUCCAAAGUCUGGACAGUGGAACUGAUGACAAGAACAGCAAUAACAUUUUUUAUGAUAAGCCCAAAACAUUGCCAUUAUCAAAAUCUGACUUAGAAGCAAAGGAAGGUCAGUUUCCUAAUGAAUCCAAUGUAACAGAGUUUAUAUCAUUACUGGAAUCCAUCAACAUUUCUAAAGCACCACCUUUCAACUUCAGAAGAGAGCUUAAAGAAUCAAAAGGAGACAGAUGUUUAAAAGAUGUUGCAUUUGUAUGUUUAAAAGAUAGUACUUCAAUGGAUCAAGAUGUCAGAGUGACAGAAGAAGAUAAAUGUGACUUGCUUCCUGAACAAAGGUUCCCAUCAGAGAAAUGUAAAGACAGCUUAUAUCAAGACCUCCAUUCUGUGAACAUGCAUCCAGAUCAGAGCAGUAAUCCAAGGAAAAUUAUCUAUCAAUUAACCCAUGCUCAUCCUUCACAACAAGACAGUUCUGUUUUGCAAAUUCUAAGUGGAUCAGAGGCCUCCAUCCCAGAAGGCAAAAGUAUAGAAGAAAUGAAUGUGUAUGUUGACAACCAUGGAGAUAAAAUAUCAUGUUUUGUGAAGGCUGGAAGUCCUAGUGAUUUACAAUGUCAAAAUGCAAACCCUGAAUGUAUUUCUUUGGAACAUGAGUUGGAGUUGAGCUCUGCCUCAGAAAGUGAAGAGCAUAUUUCUGGUGUUUCUGAGGCAUUAUCUUCCCAAGAAGUCUCACACAUACUUGGAAGAAAAGCUAAUUCUGAAACACCAGAGCCUUUAAGUCAAGAAAUUAAAGAAUCUUUAUGUGACAAAUCCCAGAUUAGUUCUUUAAGGGAAGAGUUAUAUAAAUGUAGAAUCUUUCCUGGCAAAUGGAUAAAAGUUUGGUUUGAUCGGCUGACCCUGUUGGCACUAAUAGACAGAACUGAAGAUGUUGGAGAAAAUGUUCUGGGCGUCAUAUUAGCCAUUCUUGUUUCUUUUCUUGGAUAUUUGGUUCUGAGUCAAGGACUAUGUAAAGACAUCUGGAUAUUACAGUUCUGUAUUGUGAUAGCUAGCUGUCAAUAUUCACUUCUAAAGAGUGUUCAACCAGAUCCUGCUUCACCGAUACAUGGAUACAAUAAAAUAAUUACUUACAGCAGACCAGUAUACUUUUGUAUAUUAUGUGGUCUUAUUUUACUUCUCGAUUCUGGAGCCCAAACAACAAAUAUGCAUCUGCCCGUUUUGUAUGGCAUAUAUCUAUUUUCAUCUAAUUCUUUUGGAAUCGCCCGGGACUUUGUAAUCAUGCUUGUACAUUGUUUUCCACUCAUUUCUCUGUUGGGACUUUUUCCUCAAAUCAACACAUUCAGCAUUUAUUUUAUGGAGCAGAUUGACAGACUGAUCUUUGGUGGUUCAGCUGCCCUUGGAUUAGCUUCAGCAUUGUAUGCUUUAUGCCGCAGUUCUCUAGCAGUAGCCAUCCUUUAUGGAUUUUGCCUUAGUGCAGUAAAGGAACCGUGGGAUAUUCGACACACCCCAGCACUUUUUUCUGCUUUUUGUGGUCUUUUAAUUGCACUUUCAUAUCAUUUGAGUCGACAAAGUAGUGAUCCAUCGGUUCUUAUAUCUCUUAUUAAGUGUAAGUCAUUAUCAAAAGUUUGUAAAGAGCACUGCAGUAGUUCAGAACAAGAGCAAGAUGAUCCAUUACCAGAGAAGAUGCAAAGGUCACUGAAAGAAAUUCUGAAGUCUGAUCUCAUCAUCUGCAUCAUAGUUGCUAUUUUAUCAUAUGCUAUCAGUGCAAGUACUGUAUUUCUAUCGUUAAGGCCAUUCCUUACUUAUGUACUGUAUGGCCUAGCACUAACUGUGGGAUUAGUUAUACAUUACAUAAUUCCUCAACUCCGAAAACACCAUCCUUGGCUAUGGAUUUCCCACCCAAUUCUUCAAAGCAAGGAACACCAAGAGCGCGAAGUCCUUGAUGCAGCACAUUUAACAUGGUUUGAGAAACUCUAUUUGUGGCUGCUGUGUUUUGAGAAAUAUUUUCUGUACCCCUCAAUAAUUCUGAAUGCUGUGACAGUUGAUGCCUUUUCAAUCAGCAAGUACAAACGCUUUGGAAUACAUUUUGAUACACUUCUGAUAACUCUUGCUGGAAUGAAGCUCCUACGAUCUUCUUUUUGCAAUAGCCUCCAUCAAUAUAUUAUUCUGGGAUUUACAUUAUUAUUUUUCCAGUUUGACUACAGUAGCAUAUCUGAGAGCUUUCUUAUUAACUUUUUUAUUAUGUCAAUUUUGUUUGACAAGCUUUGGGACCUACUGGAGAAACUGCAGUAUGUCUUUACUUAUAUUGCCCCAUGGCAAAUUGCUUGGGGUUCAUCAUUCCAUGUUUUCGCACAGCUAUUAGCUAUACCUCACUCUGCUAUGCUGUUCCUGCAAAUCUUUGCCACUUCAAUAUUUUCUACUCCACUGAGCCCAUUUCUAGGCAGUGUCAUUUUUAUUGCAUCAUACGUGAGACCAGUUAAAUUCUGGGAGAAGAACUACAACACAAAAAGAGUUGACCAUUCAAAUACCAGACUGGUGAAUCAAAUUGAAAAGGAUGCAGGCAAUGAUGACAAUAAUCUGAACUCUAUUUUUUAUGAACAUCUUACAAGAUCACUCCAGAAGUCCUUAUGUGGAGAUCUGGUCCUAGGAAGAUGGGGGAACUAUAGUUCUGGGGAUUGUUUUAUUUUGACAUCUGAUUAUUUAAAUGCAUUAGUUCAUCUAAUUGAAAUUGGAAAUGGCUUUGUCACAUUCCAGCUCCGAGGACUCGAGUUUAGAGGAACAUAUUGUCAACAAAGAGAAGUUGAAGCCAUAACUGAGGGUAAUGAGGACAAUGAAGACUGUUGCUGCUGCAAGCCUGGACAUUUGCCGCAUAUGUUAUCCUGUAAUGCAGCAUUUAAUUUAAGGUGGCUGACUUGGGAAGUUACAAGAACCCGGUUUAUUCUGGAAGGCUACAAUGUUAUUGAUAAUAACGCAGCAACCAUGUUGCAAGUAUUUGACCUGCGCAAAGUUCUCAUAAAAUAUUAUAUUAAGAGCAUAAUAUAUUUUACUGCAAGUUCACCUAAGAUCAUGAAGUGGCUUAAAGAUGAAUCAAUACAGAAAGCUCUACAACCGUAUACUAGGUGGCAUCACGUUGAAAAUGAUCUUGCUAUGUUUAGCAUCAAUGUUGAUGAAGAUUAUAUACCUUGCCUGCAAGGUAUUACAAGAGCAAGUUUCUGCAGUGUAUAUCUGGAUUGGAUUCAGUUCUGUGCAAAUAAGGGGAAAAUGAAAGUGGCGUGUGACGAAGAUUCCUCACUGAUAACACUUUGUUUUGGACUUUGCAUUUUGGGUAGAAGAGUCCUAGGAACAGCAGCCCAUCAUAUGUCUUUCAGCUUGGAUUCUUUUCUGCAUGGACUUCAUACAUUGUUCAAGGGAGAUUUUCGAAUAGCUGCUCGAGAUGAAUGGGUGUUUGCUGAUAUGGACUUACUCCAUACAGUUGUUGCACCAGCAAUCAGAAUGUCCUUGAAACUCCAUCAGAAUCAGUUUGCAUGCCCUGAAGAAUAUGAUGACUUCUCUGCACUGUUUGAUGCAAUUCAGCAAUUUGAAAAAAAAGUUGUCAUUUGUCAUGAAGGAGAUCCAGCUUGGCGUAAGGCUGUAUUAUCUAAUAGAGAAGAACUGCUGACUUUGCGGCAUGUUGUUGAUGAAGGGACUGAUGAAUACAAAGUAAUUAUGCUGCACAAAAGCUACCUCAGUUUUAAAGUUAUCAAGGUAAACAAGGAGUGUGUACGAGGACUGUGGGCCGGGCAGCAGCAGGAAUUAAUUUUUCUACGUAAUCGUGACCCUGAGAGAGGCAGCAUCCAGAACAAUAAACAAGUUCUGAGAAAUCUUAUUAAUUCAUCCUGUGACCAGCCUUUGGGUUAUCCAAUGUAUGUGUCUUCUUUGACGAUUUCUUACCUAGGGACUCAUGAACGUCUUAGAAAUAUGUGGGGGGAACCAAUAAGUUUCGACAGUAUAAGAACCUGGUUUCAGAAAAAGUGGAUUAGGAUGAGAAAAGAAUGUGACACAAGCCACCAUACUGGAGGUAACAUUGAAGAAAUGGAUUGUGGAGGUCGUUCAUAUUCUACUGACAGUCAAUCUGCAAGCAAUAUUAAUCAAAGCAUCAGAAACCCAGAACAUAUUUGUAGUGAGAUGUCACAUAGGAACUCUCUAGAUAUAUUCACCCAUGAAGCAAUAGGAAAGAGAAAACACAGAAGUCAGUCAGCUCAAACACGUGCAUCUUUAUGUCAGAAGCCACCUGCUUCAAGUGUGUCUGGUCCUGACUUAGAAAAACUUGAUUCUUGUUCAGAGCAAUUUACAUCCAACUACAAAAUGUCCAGGAGAGUUUCUGCAAGUCAGCACUCUUUAAACAACUCAUCCUCUUCACCUUUUCAACAUAGUCCUGCAAUUUCUGUUGCUGCACGCAAAAAUUUAAAUCAACAGACAAGUAGGAUUCAGCAGUCUAGCCAAGCUUCAUCUACAAGUUCAACACUAAGUCUUCUGUUUGGGAAGAGAAGCUUUUCAAGUGCACUGGUUAUUUCAGGAUUGUCGGCUGCUGAUGGAGACAACACAGCAGACACUCUGUCAUCUACUAGUGUAAACAUUGUAAUAUGCCCACAUUCCAAAUUGGACAAUCAAACCAAGCUGAAACUCCAUGAGAAUGGUGAUACACCUGAUACGAAAAAUGUUGGACAGAAAGCAGAUCAAGGGCCAUCAGAUGAAACUAUGGAGCCUUCUGUUUUUGAGUAGAAAACAAAACAUGGAAGAAACCAUGAGAUAGAUUUGUUGCCCAAUCUUAAUGUAAUGUUUUAACUGUGUUACUUAUUAAUUGUGUUAUCAUGGACAUGUCUAAUUUCCAAUGAUCAGAAGAGUUUGCCUGAAUUAUCUGAAUAAAUUUUAAAGGCACGUAUACUA